GCCAGCUUAGCAUCACCUUACUAUUAUCAGUCACCUAUAUAUCACAAUUCACAGGCUUCUUGCUUUCUCUCAUUGGCUCGUCUUCUUCCCUUUCUUCUCCAAUCACCUUAGCUUGCUGAUCAGCUAAAGUACAUUUGAGAGAAGCAAGAGAGAUAGAAUGGGGCGUGGAGUUAGUGCAGGUGGAGGACAAAGUUCUUUGGGAUAUCUUUUUGGGAGCGGAGAGGCUCCAAAGCUAGCAGCCGUUAACAAAACUCCAGCUGAAACUGAGUCUUCUGCUCAUGCUCCACCUACUCAAGCUGCUGCUGCAAACGCUGUUGAUAGCAUCAAACAAGUUCCUGCUGGUCUCAAUAGCAACUCUGCAAACAAUUACAUGCGUGCAGAAGGACAAAACACAGGCAAUUUCAUCACGGACCGACCAUCGACCAAGGUUCACUCAGCUCCAGGAGGUGGCUCGUCUCUUGAUUACCUCUUUGGUGGUGGUAGCAACUAGCUACUGAGGCCAACUUGGUCACUCUAUCUUCUUUAUCCCACGUCACACUUCUAUCAUUUUGUGAAACCUCUUGUUCCCUAGCAAAAAAUAAAAUCUGUAUAAUCUCUAAAUUUCUACGCAUAUGUGCUUCAAUUGUUGUAUGUCUUUCGAACGAUAACAGUCUCUGAUAUCGUUAGUUUUUUUUUACCGAUUUAUUUCACCAAUCGAAUCCUAUACAGAUUAUGCAAGAAACAGUAAUGUCUUUAGAGGUCAUAGACAAAACAGAGAAUUAAAUUAAUAUUCCAGCUUGC